AUGUCCAUGCAACAGCGGAAAGAUGGCACCCGAGUCGUUUUAAUGGACAACCUGAUGAGUCCUAAUGAUCAGACACAGCUCAGUUUCGGGCAAGCCAGUGCAUUAUACUAUCAUAUUUUCGUCGGAAUGAACAGAAUGAAAAAAGAAUGAUCAAUCGUCGAACAUAUCAGGGAAGGUUAGCAACAUUAAUCACCCAUUAAAUCAAUGUGCUGUCGCGCCCAUUAUGUUAGAGGCUCUUCACCUCUUGGGACUUAAGGCCAGACUUCUUUCUGUUUUUCGCCUUGGCGAACUUUAAUCUUUCUUGUUCAGCUCUCGUUCUCCAAGUAAAUUUGUCGUUAACGAAUCAUACUGCUUUUUUCAGAUCUAACCAGGGGUUAGUGCAUCCGGCCGUUUAUGACCGCGCAAUGGCGAGGUUGGGAAGGGUUGCGAAAUCUGCCAAAUGUCAUUAUCCGCAGAGUCUGAAAUAUACAAUGAAUGGUGAUCUCUACACUUACAGGUGAAAUUCAUCAUUUUACAGCAGGUUUUUAUCAUGGCAAAUUAUCGUAAUUAUUCAGCUCAUGACUAUUUUCAAUUAAAUGCACACACAAUGUUUGUUCCGCGUAGAUUCCGAAACGAUGCACAAGGGACAUAUAUUUCGCGAGUGGUCUAUAGUUAUCAUGCGUAAAAUGGGCAUUUAAGAAAAUCGUAUUGUUUUAUUACGGUAAUGAGCUGUACGCACAGGAUCCUUCAUUUGAUCGGCUCUAUGCCAUGGUUACUCAGCAAUAUUGCGUUGCCGAGCUCCACACGAAGGAUGCCCCUCUCCGCGCCAACAAUCGAUGCAAGUCCCGCGCUGGUCACGAACCGAGCAGACGAGAGCUACUCCUGAAAAAUAAUUUGCCUCUCUGUGUGGUGUGCAAUCGAUAGCUACAUGUAGGCAGACGAAAUGUACUAUUUUCAGUUACACAAUUGAUGGGUUUACUAAAGCUUGGAAUAUACAUGUACUGAGUUUUCGAAGAAGUUCAUGGAUUAACAACACAGAAACAACGCAUGGUAAAAACGGCUGUUUGCCGACAUUUUCGUGAUUACAAUGUACAUGCACAAUGUAGGUGUGGUGAAAUGACGUCUCCUGUUGAAAAACGUUCAGUAAAUAUCGUUUACUCCAAAUGCAGUCUUUUCAGAGGAUCGGAAUUUAUUCAAAUCGUUGUGUUGGAUAACUUGGUGAUAGCAUUUUCGGUAAAUUCUUGGGUAAAUUGGGAUAGAUUUUUUCGGCAAGCAAUAAAGUCAUCCUAAUUGACCAUGACUGAGCCAGGUGCAUUCGAAACUUCCAAACUCUUCGAGAUCAUUUGCCUGUUGGAGGAAGAGGCGCCGACCAAGUCGUUGGAGGCGAUCACGGGUGGCGUGGACGUAAACAUGACAGACGAGUGCGGCAAUGGCUACCUUCACCUUCUUUGCGGCAACUCUGAGCUGAACGAAACCAGCCCUGCUGUCUACGUUCCACUAAUGUACCAGUUAGCUAACGCUGGCGUUAACGUGAAUGCUCAAAACGAUAACGGGAAUACGGCCCUCCAUUUCGCUGUGACAAACAAUGUUUUAGAACGUGUCGUCAAUGUCCUUUUGAAAAUCGGUUCAGAUAUGAACUUGAGUAACUCGGAUGGGCUGACCCCCGUCGAAAUGUGCCAUAAUCCUAUGACCUUGAAAACGUUUGAGAUGUUCUCCCCUGGACUUCCUGUUGUUGUCAGAGACAAAAACAUAACAAAACUUGAACAAUUGAUAAAGUGCUGGUGCUAUUCAAAAAAUGUUUUGGCUGAUGAGGGGAUUGUUGACUCAGAAGAUGUUGUUGACGACGAAAAGGACUUCUCAAACUUGCUCAAGCAAGGCAUGGAGAAAACUGCUUUCAUUCACGCGACCCUUGGAGGGGACAGACCACGGAUGCGGACAACCUACAAGAAGGACGUGGUUGACGUGAACGUGGAGGACCAUUCCUACAUCAAUUCCAAAGGAGACACCAGAGCAAUACCUUUACUAAUUGAAGCAAUCAAUAUGAACUUAGUCGAAGCGGUCAAGUUUCUUAUAAAGAAAAAGGUCAAUGUUAAUAUGGAAUUCAGUUUUCGUAAUGAAAGUUCUGGUCCUUUUUUCCAAUAUUUCGCCAGCACGUGUCCUCCAAAAAGACAAGAGACAUUGGCACUGGUGAUGAAAAUGGCCGAUGUAUCAUUACUUAAUGGGAACAUUAGUAUUGAGUUUUUGUAUCGGUUAUGGAACGAAAGAUUCCCCGAUGAGAUCUUAGGGAAAUACGUACAGGAUGGUAUUAGCCUUAACGUGAAGGACGCCGCCUUCUACACUCUAAGAGAUAGGGUACUGAUGGAUUCCCUUACUUGUGACACACGUACUAGGAAAAAUAACCUACACUACGUUGACCAACACCUGCUGGGCCUAGUGGAGAGCGGUAACUUGGAGAGUAUAAAGAAACUCUUUCAUGAUGGUUAUGAACACAUCCUGAUUGAGAACCCCCAGGGGAGGAAUUCUUUAUCAGUGGCUCGGAAGGCCAGCCAAGCUGACAUGGUGUCAUUCUUAGAGGCACUCCCUGCAUUGCAGAAAGACGUGCGCUGUGUUCGCAAGGCAAUUGAACUGGGGAACUUGUCACGGGUCAAGGAGGUUUGCCACGACGCCAUAGCCGAUGUGAGAGACAAGGCAGGCCGUACCAUCCUUCACAGAACCGUGCUAUUCGAAAGAAGAUUCAUUGUAAACUAUUUGCUGAAGCAAUACCCAUCCCUGAUUAACUUGGUUGACUUGUUUGGGAGAACAGCUUUUCAUUAUGCCUGCAUGCUGGUAGAUGGGACAGACUUUGAGGGUGUACUGCUGCAAGCUGGUGCUGACCCUAACAUCACUGAUGUGAUGGGCAAAACCCCUGCUGAUUACAAAACUGAACCAUUGGAGACAGACUACAUAGAGCGAGAGAGGGGAAAGGACUAUGGCAUAGAACUCUACCUAGUCGAGAGGUACUUCCAGUUCAGUGAGAACAUCGAAAAAGGAUUCAAAGAAAAGCUAAUGCGACUGAAAGACUCAAUGUUUGAUGACUUGACCUUCAAUGACCUUGAGCGGAUUUCGCCUGAGAUGCGCGAGCGGAUUAGGUACCGGAACCUAUUGUUUCAGUGCAUUGACAAGAAGAGGGAGGACAUUGCAAUUUACCUGGUGCACGAAGGGGCGAAUCCGAUAAUUGAAGAGGUUGUGGAUGAUCACAUGAUGAAUUUGGAACAUGCUGCUGAAAAAAGGGACAUGUUUGACCUCAUUAAGCUCAUCAAGAAGCACAAAGCAAGACUGCGAUUCGAAAGGCGUGCCGAAAUGCUGGUAGAAAAUAUAAUCGGGAGGCCAAACACAAGCUUUAGCGACAGUUCGCAGCCGAGGACAUCGUCGUCGUCGGGCGCAGUGAGCCUUAAGUCAGCACCUGUUGGAGGGACUGGGGGGAGCCUGGCCGAUGGGCUACGGAAUGACCCGACGUCCAAGAGCGUCAAUGAUCUACCAUCUGCUGUUAAACUGUCGGAUGCUAAGAGUGGGGCAUGUGUGAUUCUAUGAUCUGGAAUCAGAGAAGAAUGUGCUCCGUCAUAGAUUACUUGCUAACCAGAGUGACUUCAAUGUGUCCAUGGAGGCCAUUUACCAUACUCUAACAAUGAAAUUGGGAGUUGCCUCCUCAUAAAGGUAGCUUUGUGUUACAUUGUGCUGAUGUGGGAGGGAUUACCAGCCUCCUGAAAAAUGAUAAUCACUGCAGCCACUUUAAUCCGAUAACAAUCCUUAUCUUCAAGUUAUUCCAUGUAAUGUUACGAGUUUCGAAUGCUCCAGCCCAGCAUUGCAUUUUUUUACAUGAAAUUUGGAAAGUACUGUUUUUUGCAAUAAUGGUAUUCAGAUUGUUACUGAAUGUGGUGAAGAUCUAUAUGAUAACUUGUUUGCAAUUUGUAUACAUGUUUAGCCCUUUGAAUAAUUGUACAAUUCCAUAUUUAGUAGUGUACAGUACUCGUUUUUAUCAGGACGGGCGAUUUUUGAGUGUUGGGGGAAGCUUUGCCGAUUACCUGACGUUCAAGAGCGUCAUAAUGACCUACCAUCUGCAUGCUGCCAAAAUGCCAGACUCCAAGAGUGUUACAUGUGCAAGUGAUAGAAAUGAUCAUACGGACGACGAUGCUCCAAUCGGGAAAAAAGUGUAGUGAAAUCACCAACUUAAAUGGCGACCAUUAUAGGCAGAAGCAAAAUGGGCCAGAUUAACUUUUACAAAGUUUUCGAUAGUUGUGUAGCCACUUACGUCAACCACUCUUCGACGAAGACACCUUGACGAGAAAAGAAUAUCUUUACCACAUAAAAUCAAGGAGACCCAUUUCCAAAACUGUGAAGUUUAUUAUAUAAGUCAUUUGAAAAACAACAUUUGGACUGCUAGUUUCUACCUAGUAUAUAUAUAAUUUCUGAUGUACACUGUUUAUUAAAACUCCAGUCUUUAAUUGUGAUAUUCAACACACUAUACGGCUGAUAAUAAAUCGUUCUGAACCGAAAUAUGUUGAUUCCUUUCUUUCAUUUCGCCAUGACCU